AUGGAAGCUAUAACUGACGGUAUUACGGUGAUUGAAACACCCAAUGAAACAGAAUACUAUGAUGUAAUGAAAGGAUCACAUCGUUGGGAGGUAAAAGUACACGAUCAUGGAAAUGUAGCUCUCGUUGAUACUAUGCCAAGAUUGGCACCAGUUGGUCAAACUGCUGAUUUUGCAAUCUGUCAAGCUGCCAGAGUAUCCUAUGGUGCUGGAACUAAAAAGGUUACUGAAGAUACUGGUCUCAUUAGAUACCUAUAUCGUCAUCAACAUACUUCACCAUUUGAAAUGAUUGAAUUUAAAUUCCAUUGUGUCAUGCCAAUCUUUAUUGCUAGACAAUGGAUUAGACAUCGUACUGCCAAUGUCAAUGAAUACAGUGCUCGUUAUUCAGUCAUGCCAGACAAGUUCUAUCAUCCAUCGGUCGAAGAUGUCAGAAAACAAUCAACAUCCAAUAGACAAGGUGGUGAAGAUCAAAUGGAUACUAAAACUGCUCAAGAGUUUUUAGAUUAUUUAGAUCAAGCUGAAGAAUGUUACAAGACCUAUAAUAACUUGUUGGAUAAAGGAGUUAGUAGAGAAUUGGCACGUAUUGGGUUACCGGUAAGCGUGUACACUGAAUGGUACUGGAAGAUUGAUCUACACAAUCUAUUCCAUUUCCUUCGUUUGCGUAUGGACAGCCACUCACAAAAGGAGAUUAGAGAUUAUGCCAAUGCUAUCUUUGCCCUCAUUCGUCCUAUUGUCCCAGUUGCAUGUGAAGCCUUUAUGGACUAUGCCUUUGAGAGUGUCAAGUUGACUCGUCUCGAAAUUGAAGCCAUCCGUACCGGAAAACCAAUUCAAUCGACCAACAAACGUGAAACUGAAGAAUGGAUUCAAAAGGCUACUUUAUUGAAUCUUACUGAUCAUAUUCCAUCAAAAGAUCAACAACAGCAAGAAGAAAAGAAACAAUAA